AUGAAGAAAGCGACAAGGCCGGCCAGCAGAAGAGACGUCCAGCUCAUCUUCCGCGGCCGAAGCAAUGAGUCGGGGAUCGGGAUUCGAGCUUGCGGCGUGUCAUCCUCUCCUGACGACGCCACCGUCGGACUGUCGAUGCACAACAGUGUCGGGCUGCAUUCGAGUGCCAGACCUUGUGGGCCGGGGGUGGAGGAGGUCGGUGGCUACACACUCAUGACCGGACACGACUUAGAUCCUGAGCUCGAGUCCCGGCUGCGAUGGAGGGUUUGGACGCGUGACAAGAGCACUUGUAAACCGGCUGGCGAAGAGUGA